GGCUGCAAUAAAAACACACCAUCAGAUAGUCUGAGGGCUGUAAAACGUUUCAGACUUAUGAAAUAUCACAGCCAAGAUAUUAUUGCCGAGGUUUAAGUAUGGACUUCAAAGGGGUGCUUGUGAAAAUCUUCGCCCUAGAUCGGGAAAUAGUAUUGUGCGCUGCAGGCACAGCAGUUGCUCUGCUCGGACUCGGUCUAGUAUAUAAAUAUAACGUUAGGCGUCCAGAGAAAAAGUUCACUCGAGUGGGAGUUGUUACUCAACUGUUGCUUCAUCCUAUGAAGUCCGGGAAGGCAGUGCUGGUGGAGACAGCAGAGUGUCUGAGAAUGGGGCUGAAAUAUGGCCAGCUGCGGGAUCGGCACUGGCUGGUCAUCACGGAGGACGGACACAUGGUGACGGCCAGACAGCAGCCGCGUCUGGUGCUGGUGUCUUUGAGCUGUGAAGACGGCCAGCUGUGUCUCAGUGGACCGCAGAUGGAGGAGCUGAGGGUUCCUCUUCAGCAGUCCAGUAAUGCAGUUGUGGACUGCAGAGUCUUCAGCAGAGACGUUCAGGGCAGGGACUGUGGGGACGAGGUGUCUAACUGGCUCACACGAUACCUGGAAUCUGACAAGACUGUUCGUCUGGUGCAUUAUGAACCUCAUCUGAAGGCCCAAAGGCCUUCUGAGAAAGAUCCCCUCUUUCCUGAGGAUGAAAAGGUGGCCUAUCCUGAUGCUGCUCCCAUCAUGCUGAUGUCAGAGGCCUCUGUUAGGGACCUGAAUACCCGGCUGGAUAAAGAUGUUACUGUCUUUCAGUUUCGUCCCAGUAUUGUUGUCAGUGACUGUGAGGCUUUCACAGAGGACACAUGGGAUCAUAUUCAGAUUGGUCAAGUGGAGUUGAAGAGAGUCGUUGGCUGUGGAAGAUGUGUUUUAACCACUGUUGACCCCGAGACUGGAAUCAUCACCAGGAAAGAACCACUGGACACUCUCAAAGCCUAUCGACUGACUGACCCUAAGCAGAAAACUGCGCCAAUAUUGGGACAGUACUACAUCGUCAAGAAAACGGGUGUCCUUCAUGUGGGUGAACCUGUUUAUAAGAUCAGCUAUUGAAAUGGCCAGACUGGAUGAAUGGAGAACCUUAUUUUAAAUCUAGUGACUAAUUUGCAAGCAUCAUUGCUUACAAACACCGCUUCUAAUGCUUCAAUGAAUCAAUAUUCUUUUCAUAAAAGUUUAAUUUGAAGAAGAAAAAUAAAAUAAUAUAUACAUUUUGUGAAAUGUUCUAUAUUAGCUGUAGAAUUAUGGUGGGGAUGUCUGGGAGAUUCCAGAACCAUUAGAUUUCAGCAGAGUUAAAGAGAUAGUUUACCUAAAACUGAAGUUGUCAUUAUUUACUCCAACCUGAGUGAACUAAUUAUAUUAUGUGAAAUGAGACGAUGUGAUUUGUGUUUACUAUAUUCAGCAUUCUAUAUUUUAGGUACCUGGAAAUGACCUAUGUAUUGGGGAUAUAAUUGUUCAAUUGUAUAAUGGUCUGGUUUCAUGUAAUCGCUCAUAUCAGGAUGUUAAUUCAAACACUGUCUGUGUCUCCUAUAAGAAAGUCAUGAGUAUUUGUCAUUAAUCAAAACAUUGAUGUUUUUUCAUUAUUGAUUUCUCUAAAGAUAUUAAAAUGAUUUCAACUAUCA